AUGAGCAUUUGGAAUCAUAAGCCAAAAAGUAAAUUUGGAAGAUGACUUGAUAGAAUUUCGAAUCAGGCUAGGGAGGCUAUUGAUAAAGGUAAACAGGAUUUUCAAAAUGCAGUGACUAACUGAAAUGACUCAAUAAAAAACAGACAAGAAAGAUUUCGAGAUUCUUGCUUUGGGGUUAAAGAAGCUUUAAAGUAUAAUAUUCAUUGAAGAAAAAACAAUAAGCGCAAAAAAAAUCAGAAAGAUCUUGAGGAUUUGGCUAAAUUAUUAGUAAAUCCACAAGUCACAGAAGAAAAUAUUGUUUUUUAAGUAGUUUAUGUGGGCAAUUUUUCUUUAUAAAAAGAUGCUAAAUUCAUUGGAAACUAGAAUAAAACUGUUGCUCCAUUAGAUGAGCAUCUAGCUGUAGAGGGUGAAGAUGACAUGGACGCGCUUUUAUGCCCAAUUUCUAAUGAACUGAUGACAGACCCCGUCAUGACUCCUUACGGGCAUUGCUACCAAAAGAAACAUAUAGAAAUGUGGCUUGAAAAACAUGACACUUGCCCAUUAACAGGACAACACCUAGCAAAAGACCAACUAAUCCCUUGUUUUACUGUAAAAUCUGCUGUUGAUCAAUUCUUAAAAAUGCAAGAACGUAAAAAAAAGAUCGAAGAAACAAAGUCAACAGAAAACGAAGAAAGCAAAGACAAUAAUUUUUAA